AUGGUUGGUUCACUCCCUAUGAAUACUCAGCCACAAAAUGUUUCGAUCGCUCAACAAGAGCAAAAUAGCCAUGGCCGAGCAAUGGCCCUCGGCCACGACCAAGUGUUAGUUGAAGAUGUUAUGGAAGUCGCUAGGGGACUAAUCUUGAGGCCGAAUCUAGCCACUUCAUUGGAACUCCAACAACUCAUGCGUGUCAUGGAGACAAUGGCCCAAACUAUGGCCACUCAAAAUGCCCAAAUCAAUGAGAGGUUUGAUCGAUGGUUAGGCCAACAGAAUGGCCAAAAUGGAAACCAAUGGGCACCUAAUGGAACACCAGUGGUGGGGCCUCAAGUUGAGGUCCAGCUAAAUAUUUUUGGAGUGAAUCCGCCCCAACUUAAUCCACCAGUUGGGUUCAACCAAGCCCCAGUGGUUAAUAUUCCGCCGAUGGGCAACAACCCAUAUGCGACGGUCAACCAAUUUCAAGUGUUCCCGCCAUAUAAUCAAUUCCGCCAACACGCUCACCAAGGGGCCGGGGCCAAUUUCGCUGGGCCUCAUAUCAACCAAUUCGAAGUCGGUGGUUGGAAUAAUCCUGGCGGGAAUGCUAACAAUCCGUUUCUAGGGAAUCAAGUAAUCGACCGAGGUGCGGUCGAACAAAUGAUUCAAAAUAUGGUAUGUGGCCAAUGUCAUGGCCUAAUUAGCAUCCGGAGUGGAAAUCUCCGAGUGGCUCUCUGA